CUCCUGUGAUUCACGUGUUGUUGCAAACAUGACUAACAGCAUUAUGUUUGAAAUGCUCAGCAUUUACAUUUGCAUUUUCUUACUGUGGAAACUGUGUGUCUUUUUUAUAUCUCAGAGCGGGUGGCAUAUGUGUGUACGUUUGUUUGGAACACGUUAAAUCAGAUAUGUUUACUUAUAUCCAUGUAUCAGACGAUUUACCAAUAUUCUAGAUGAUUCUGCGACAAGAGUGAAACAGUUCGCGGAAUGCGUUUUAUUCUAUCUUGUUCCGGGUUUAAUUUCAAAGCAUUGCCAGUCGAAUGCAUUAAUGAUACUAUGAGACGAUGGGCAUGCGCGAACAGGUCAUUAGACUUUUUAGAAUUAAUCAUACAAUGUAUAAAAACGGCAUGAUCUCAUAUUCGAACUGCAGUUAUGAACAGAAUGUUCUGGAAUAUUUCCGAAGUUUUAAAUUAAUGUAAAACUUAUGUUAUUACAACUGGAAUGUAACAAUAUUUCUACGCGAUCACAGUGGAAGGAUGGAUGUCGGGAUACCAACAGUUGUCUUUCUUUUAUUUCAACACUGCUUAGGAAGUAUUAACGAUCUAAACCAAUUUGCACCAAGAGCAGAACUUCGUCCACACCAGCUCGAGCCUUUGCGUCACGUGGCUAAGAUCAAACAAGAAAUAUUGCGCCAUCUUGGAAUAACAGACUCACCUAGACUAUACCAUACGACGCCAACACACAAAUCCAUGUCCAAACCCGAUCCUGAUCGUCUAAAAACUGAGUACAAAGUAACCGAUGUGUCCUCCUAUCACUCCGAACCACCUGAUAAUUUUACAGAUGAUAACAUCAUCCAGUUCAAGCUUUUCAACAGGAUAAACGGAAAGCAAAUUGAAGUAAACAAUGUCAACCUGCUUGUUAGAGUGAAACGUAGAAAAUCUAAAGCGGAUAAAAGGGUUGCACGGAAAUCGGAUUUAAAAACAAAAAGAAGACGGAAGCGUAAAAAGAAGUUUAAAGAAAUUAAUCUUCUUGUAUCAAAUAUAACAGCUAGUGGAAAACCAGAUGCAGUAAUUGCGUCAGUGAAAUCUAAAAUAAGAAAAACAAAGUCUCUAAAACUUAAUAUUCCUAAAGAAAUGAUUCAGAAUGUAUUUGAUUCGAAACAAAACACACUGCAGUUUUUCAUUCAGUGUAUUGGCUGUGAUAAAAAGACAAAAUUAAUUUUAGUUCAUAAAAGAAGAAGACGAAAAUUGACAAAAACUAGAAGGAAGAAGAAAAUCAAAUUACACAAGCGACGUCCUAUUUUAUUCGUUUAUUCCCAUGUAUCGAAUGGACGUUGAUGGUGUUGAAACUAACAAUAUAAUGAGUUUAUUUAUUACUAUGGUUAUAUUAACCUUGCUCUAAGGUAAAGACACUGACUGUGAGUAUAAGUCCCAACCUGUUAUUGACAUUUGUCAAUGUAACGGUUAAAUGCAGUAUCAAUCAAUUCAAAGAGCUUUAAAACUCUGUUGACCAUAUACAGUUUUGUUUGAGAUAAGUCCCAAAAGCCAGUAUUAUAAUAUAUAAUGCUGAAUAUGUUCUCUAGAGCAAUAAGUACAAGAAUUUCUAAAUACGCUACAUUCCCAUUUCAAUAUAAUGACGUAUUACAUAAUUAUGUUACAUAAAAUAGGUGUUCUGAAAUCCGUUUCAUCAGUUGCACAUGUUGUUGUGAUGAUAAUUGAUAAAACAUGAGAAAACACA